CACGACUAAGCAACUAGGCAACAGGAACAACAGGGCUGCCAUAAAACUCAUCACUGCGAGCUUGGUCGCUUAGAAAACAGAAACUUUAUUCUCUCACCAUUCUGAAGCCAGAAGUCCACAGUCAAGGUGUCAGCAAACAUUGGUCCCUCUUGGAGGCUCUGAAGGAGAAACCAUCCCAUGCCCUUCUCCUGGCAUCUGCUGGUCGCUGGCCAUCCUUGGCAUACCUGAGCUUGUGGUGCAUUACUGCCUCUAUGUUCACAGCAUCUUCUCUUCUUUUCCAAUGACACUAGUCAUUGGACUUAGACCCAGCCCUAAAUCCAGGAUGAUUUCACCUCAAGCUCAUUUACUCAUAUCUUCAAAGACUCUAUUUCCAAAUAAGGUCACUUUCUGAGAUUCCUGGUAGACAUUAAUUUGGAGGGGAGACACUAUUCAACCCUCCACGUGGUGGUUCCAUCAAGGGAUAAUCAGGGUGGUCAAACCAUAGGAUAGCCACCAUGGGGUGAUGGGGGUCUCCAACUCUGAUGCCCUGAUGUCUCUGUCCCCAGCAAUUGGGCUCUUUGCCUCCAUGGCCACAGUGCUCCUCGGUGGGAUCCGGGCAUCGAGCCUGCUCUUUCAGGGGCUGCUGUGGGAUGUGGCCCGGUCUCCUAUUGGCUUCUUUGAGCGGACACCCAUCGGGAACCUGCUAAACCGCUUCUCCAAGGAGACGGACAUAGUAGAUGUGGACAUCCCAGAUAAACUCCGGUCUCUACUGAUGUAUGCCUUUGGACUCCUGGAAGUUGGGCUGGUGGUGACAGUGACCACCCCAUUGGCUGUCGUGGCCAUCCUGCCACUGCUCCUCCUCUAUGCUAUGUUUCAGAGCCUGUACGUGGCCAGCUCGUGCCAGCUCAGACGCCUGGAGUCAGCCAGAUACUCGUGUGUGUGUUCUCACGUGGCCGAGACAUUCCAGGGCGGGCCAGUGGUCAGGGCCUUCCGGGUCCAGGGCUCCUUUGUGGCUCAGAAUGACGCCCACGUGGAUGAAAGCCAGAGAGUCAGUUUCCCGCGGCUGGUGGCUGACAGGUGGCUCGCUGCCAACCUGGAGCUGGUGGGGAACGGGCUGGUGUUCGUGGCCGCCCUGUGCGCAGUGCUGAGCAAGACCCACCUCAGCCCCGGCCUCGUGGGCUUCUCUGUCUCUGCCGCCCUCCAGGUGACCCAGACGCUGCAGUGGGCCGUUCGCAGCUGGACGGACCUGGAGAGCAGCAUUGUGUCGGUGGAGCGGUUGAAGGACUACGCCCAGACGCCCAAGGAGGCUCCCUGGAAGCCGCUUUCCUGUGCAGCCCACCCCCCCUGGCCUCGUAGGGGGCAGAUUGAGUUCCGGGAUUUUGGGCUGAGAUACCGACCCGAGCUCCCGCUGGCCGUGCGGGGCGUGUCCUUCAAGAUCCAUGCAGGAGAGAAGGUGGGCAUCGUUGGCAGGACAGGGGCUGGAAAGUCCUCCCUGGCCGGGGGCCUGCUGCGGCUCGUGGAGGCGGCAGAGGGCGGGAUCUGGAUCGACGGGGUCCCCAUCGCCCAAGUGGGGCUGCACACACUGCGGUCCAGGAUCACCAUCAUCCCCCAGGACCCCAUCUUGUUCCCUGGCUCCCUGCGAAUGAACCUCGACAUGCUCCAGGAGCACACGGAUGAAGCCAUCUGGGAAGUCUUGGAGAUGGUGCAGCUCAGAGCCGCGGUGGCCAGCCUGCCCGGCCAGCUGCAGUUCGAGUGUGCCGACCAAGGCAACAACCUGAGCGUGGGCCAGAAGCAGCUCCUGUGUUUGGCACGUGCCCUUCUCCGGAAAACCCAGAUCCUCAUUCUGGACGAGGCCACGGCUGCUGUGGACCCAGGGACAGAGCGCCAGAUGCAGGCCGCCCUGGGGAGCUGGUUUGCGCAGUGCACAGUACUGCUCAUUGCCCACCGUUUGCGCUCCGUGCUGGACUGUGCCAGGGUUCUGGUCAUGGACGAGGGGCAGGUGGCAGAGAGUGGCAGCCCGGCCCAGCUGCUGGCCCAGAAGGGCCUGUUUUACAGGCUGGCGCAGGAGUCAGGCCUGGUCUGAGCGUGGCCCCUCCAUCUUCCUCUGGCCCCACCUACCCGGAGAUUCUGCCAAGCCCUGGAGACGUGCUGACCUGGGGUCAUCACUGGCCCCUGUGGAAUUGAGUCUAGACGCCUUUCUACUCUCUGGGAGCAGAAAGUGCCAUAUCAUCCCAGAGCCAGGAGGACACAGCCACCACAUAGGUCAGCCUGAUCAGGGCCUAUCCAACCUCUUCUAUCCCAGAACCAAAGUCAACAGCAGCUCUCUGCCCUGGCUGCCCCAUAGACUCAACCCGGGACCCGCAAACCUGUCUGUGCCCAGGCUCCACCACAGACCAAUGAAAUCAGAAUCCCUAGGACUAGAGAAAUUGUGUGUGUACCUUUUACAGAGUACCCCUUCUAUUUUGAGAUGAUUACAGAUUGACAAGCAGUUAAAAAAAAAAAAAUAGUCCAAAGAGCUCCUGUAUACCCCUUCCCCACUAAUACCAACGUCUUUCCAUUUUAAGUAUA